AUGUCCACAGAACAUGCCACUUACAAUGUUGCACCAAACCAAUAUGACUUGUAUAAACGCCAACAACAGCAGCAGUACCACCAGGCUUUUGACUUCUCGUACCACGCUUCUGCGGACCCGCUAGCUCCCCUGCCUGAUGAAUUCGAUACCGAUCUUGAUGCCCUCGCUGGGCUAGAGGACAUUAACCUCGAACUCUUAACCGUAGAGAAUGACGCUUUCCAGUUUCUACGCUCUGACACCCCUACUUGUGGUCCACCAUCGACGUUGACAGUAUCAUCCGAAUCCGCCUACGACUCACUGUCUGCACACUCGGAGUCAGUAUACAGCUAUUCUCCCCACUCCAGCUCCCAUUAUUCCUUCCCUCUCGACUUCGAAAUGGACUUCCAGCGCAUAGCUGUAGAUCCCUAUGCGACCGCUCAGGCUCUUGCGCAAGCGCAGGUUCUUAAUGGAAUAGACAGUGUUGAUCCAACCACUGUAUUCAAUACCACUUUGCCUCCUACGCCUCCUCGAAGUCCUCCUAACCGCGCCCAGGUUGCUUCAAAGCCUUACGUUCCUCGAAGCAGCUUCUCUGACUACGGCCCUGCUCGUAGUUCAAUGUCCAAUGAUUAUUAUAACCAGUUGGCCAAUUAUGGUGUUGCAGUGUCUCCUCAAAAUGGCCCCUCUCCGCUGCCAGUCGUCCCUUCAAUACCUCUGAUUCCUUCAGAAGAAGAGUAUAAAGGGGACCCUCGCAAAAAAUACAAAUGCAACGUAUGUCCUCGCGCUUUUGCUCGAGCUUACAACCUGAAGACCCACAUGGCCACCCAUGAUCCUAACAGGCUGAAGCCCCAUGUCUGCCCACACCGCGCGUGUGGGCGAUCUUUCAGCCGUAAGCAUGAUCUUGGUCGCCAUUUAAUCAGCAUCCAUCGCGAUGAAUCUGUUUGUUCCUCUGCCCAUUCUGCGACGUCGAAGAAGUCGAUUGGAGUGGACAAAGGCGGACGUAACUGGUGCGAUAGCUGUGGAAAGAGUUCCGUUGGUAGUCGGAUCACUUGCGAUUGUGGAGACAAAGUCAAGUAA